GUAGAUUGUAAGUGAAUGAGACUUGCCCAUGUACACUGUGACUCAGUACAUAACAAAACUUUGCUGAGUGUGCAGUGUUUGUUUUUUAUUUUUAAUUGUAAUCGUUAUAAAAAUUGUUAGUAGUGAUUUGUUCUUUAUUGUUGGUUAAAAAAAUUAGUGUUCCGAUUCAGUUGGAACUCUCUUUAGUGUUUUAUUAAUUAUUUUUAUUUAACUAUUUAGUGCUUUUAACUCUUUGAUAUUUGUUGAAAAUAUCAAAAGAAACCGAAUGAGAUUCAUUUAAUUUUAAGUCUAUGCUGGAGUCCAAUGAAAGUGCUACUUGAGAGUGAUGUCCAACUAACUACUCAUUUUUGGGGAGCAUCGGACUACAAGGAUAAACUUAGCGUUGCGAUAGGAGAACCUUUGGUUCUGAGCUCAGAUGCCAGUUGGGCGAAUCACAUUCUCCUAGGACACCCUGCUAUGCCCACAGCCACAGGACACAGUGGGGUCAUCCCAAGUAAUGAAGAAUGCGGCAUUCGCGAUGUAUGGGCUCAUAAUCUGAAGGAUGAAUUUAAAGUUAUCAGGAAGAUCAUUCAUAAAUACAAUUAUGUUGCAAUGGACACUGAAUUUCCUGGAGUGGUGGCAAGGCCUAUUGGUGAGUUCCGAAGUUCAGCUGACUAUCAGUAUCAGCUUCUAAGGUGCAAUGUGGAUCUUCUCCGUAUCAUUCAAUUGGGACUUACUUUCUUGGAUGAAAAUGGAAAAGCUCCAGCUGGUCCUUACAGUACCUGGCAGUUCAAUUUUAAAUUUAAUCUCUCGGAAGAUAUGUAUGCUCAGGACAGUAUUGAUCUUCUUCAAAAUUCUGGAAUACAAUUUAAGAAACAUGAAGAAGAUGGUAUCGACCCUGUUGAUUUUGCAGAACUUCUCAUGACCUCAGGGAUCGUCCUGAUGGAGAAUAUAAAGUGGUUAUCCUUUCAUAGUGGCUAUGAUUUUGGAUACCUAUUGAAACUGCUUACGAAUCAGAACUUACCCAAUGAUGAAAGCGAAUUCUUUGAGCUUCUGAAAAUCUACUUCCCUACUGUUUAUGAUGUUAAAUAUCUCAUGAAGAGUUGUAAAAAUUUGAAAGGUGGUCUUCAAGAGGUUGCUGACCAGCUGGAGCUUACGAGGGUAGGACCACAACAUCAAGCUGGCUCGGAUUCGUUAUUGACAGGAAUGGCCUUUUUCAAAAUGAGAGAGAUGUUUUUCGAAGAUAAUAUAGACGAUGGCAAAUACUGCGGUCACUUAUACGGAUUGGGUGCAUCCUUUGUUGUGAACGGUAACAGUUUCCACGACAACGGAGACAACUCAAGUAAUUCAUGAGGUUCGGGGACUAGCAGCCCGCGUGAUUCAGCGCAUGCUUGCCCUCAAACCUCUCUGUAUAUAUAGUGUCUUUUGACAGUUUUCCAACACAAACUGUAAUAUAGUGUGUAAUAAUCUCCUGCGCAUAUUUUUUUAAGUAUAUAUGUUCAUUACUGAUAUAUUGUUUUCUAUUACUUUUUUUUUAAUUAUUAUUAUUAUUAUUACUUUUUUUUAAUUAUUAUUAUUCCGUUUUAAUUUCUAAAGUUAUUUAUUUAUAAUAUCUUGUAAAACAUCUCAUUUGCACUCUCAUAAAAUUUUCUUGAACAAAUCUCGAUUAGAGUGUCCUGAUACCAUUGCAUUAUAAUUUUUUUUUUAAAUUAUAAUUUUUGAUUCUUCGAUGAUUGAACUUUAAUAUGGCCACGCUACUUGUACUGCCUUUUCAGCUUUGAAUUCUACUCAAUAACGGUUAACGACCCUGAGGUUUUCAUUAAACUGUGAUCUGUUGAUACAUUUUUAUUGUGUAAAUAACAACUUGUUAGUAUUGAAAAAAAAAAUGAAAAGAAAGAAAAACAAAAAAAAUCUUGUGAUAUAGUUUUUAUAUUAUGUAUAUUAUGAAAACAUUUUAAUCCGUGAAAUAGAAAUAAUUGUUAAAUAUUUAUUGCUUAUAAUUAUAUAUUACAAAUAUUUAAAAGUUUUUUUUGUUUUUUUUUUAAAUAAUCUUAAUUAAUAUCCGAUUUAUUAAAGUUGUUUACUAUUUAUUAACUUCCCAAAGUAUCACUUUAUAUAUUAUUGUAAACUGGCAUUAUAGUGUAUAUCUAUCAUCGUUAUUGUUAUCUCAUUAUUUUUUAAGAAACUGUAAAAUAACUUGUAAAUAAUAUAAAACUGUGUUUUUAAACUGAAAUGUAUAAUGUCAGUAUAUCUUUGGGAAUGAUUGAAAAUAUUUUUUUUUCAGGAAAUCCGGGUUUGUCCAACCCAGAUUGGGUAGAAAUCUUUGUUCCAUUAUUAUUUAAAAAAUAUACUACAAUAUACAAAUUUGACUUUUUAUAUAUGACCACCAUUGUAAGUACUCUUUUUUCUUAAAUUAGACUAGACUUAAAUUUUAUCAAUUCUAUAUAUAUGCUAAGCAAAUUUCAUUGCACACUUUAUGAAACAAGCGUAUCCUGAUUCUAACUAUCGUAAUUAUAAGAGCCAGUUUAAGGCCCUUAGUCUUGUAAACUGUUAUUGUUUCUCUCGAUUUCACUUUCCUUUUCUUUUUAUUAUUACUUUAUUUUUCUUCAUUUUUUUUUUCGUUUUUUAUAUAGAAAAAUAGUUUGUAAGGAAACCAGAAUUUGUAUUUUGAAAUUUUUGAAAAAUAAAUGAUAAAAUUAAAUGUAGAAAGUCAAUUGUAAAGUGUCAUUAAUUAUUGUUCAAAAUAAACUAAUUUCUCAUUUAUUUGGUUUAUUUAUGUACUAUUAAUAUUCUAGAUCAUAGACUGAAUUAUAUUUUCCCCUUUCUUCCCUUUCUGCCUAUUGGUGCAUCAAUCAAAGGUGAGUCCGAUGUGUAGGGAUGGUAUGGAACUUGUGGAGCCAUUCCAAGGAACUCUAUACACACCUUGCCAUUUGAAACAACUUAAAUAUCGACAACAUGAUGGCUCCGGGUGGAAUUGCUUAGGUGACCUUGGUUUAUUAGUUCCACCGGAGCCGUUGCUGUAUUAGUUCUUAGUUCCAGGCCAGUUCCACUGUUAACAACAUUAUAGUUCCAUUCUAAAUUGUUUAGAUUUGACCUUGGCUUAUUGGCUUCAUAUUAGUUUGUUAGCUUCAAAGGUGAGUCUCAUAGUUCCUAUCUUGCUACUAUUUAUUAGACGUUCAACAAGACAGUUGGACACAAAUAACAGAUUAUAUUAAUUAAAUAUGAAUUUUAUGACAAAAAGUAACUAUUAACAUUCUUGUUAUCAGUUUUAUUAUUUAAAAGAAAAAUUUUCAGUUUCUAAUUUUAGGGUCUUUCAAAAUAUCCAUACCAUAGCUUACUAAGGAGGCUAGACAAAAUUAGUCUUAAGCACACUGUAUAAAGAAAUUAUCAAUGAUUUAACAAAUUUAACUAGGAACUAUUGGGAACAGAAACAGUUCCACAGAAAUCAACUCUACCAACUAUUAUUUUUUUCAUUGCUUUAAUUUUUCAAUUGAUUUUAAAUAAUUUCUUCUCUGAAAAAAAAAACAUGAUAGGCUGUCAAUAUAAUUAAUCCUCCAGUACCAGAUCACUCAAAAUGAGAAAUAAUUGUAUUUUAUUACUUUUAUAGCAAACCAUAUUUCAUUUUAUUGAGUACAGACACACAGAUAUAGUGCAAUAAAUCUGUUUAACUUAAUAUUGCUUUCUAAAUUUAUGUUGAAAAACAAAAGGAGCAUGACAAAAAAAAAAAAAAAAAUGACAAAAAGUGUCUCCAUUUUUCAUACUUAAUGCUAUAAUAUAUCUUUAUAUGUAAAAAUGUAUUUUACGAACAGCAUGUUUUAAGAGAGAAACACUUUAUUCUCAUAAAAUUGUGUUGCCCAAUUACAUUGGGUUGCUAAAUACACAGCAUAUUAAUAAAUUGCUAUGGACAAUCAACUAUAUGUAAAUAUAUAGUACUAUUUGAAUAUAUAUGAGUAUAAUAAAUAAAAUGUUGCAGUACAUACAUGUCUCCCUAUGAGAAACCUUUCUUAAAUUUAAAUUUAAAGGCCAUGAUGUCGACAUAUUUCCUGAAUCCAUCCAUAUGAUGCAGUAGACUUUCCCAAAACGCAAAAAAUCUCUUUUUCCUCAUUAAUUCGUGUUUUAUCUGGUGGUGAAGGCGUGUCAAAGGAAGGAGAAGUUGAAGCAUUUCUCCAACACAUAUGCUGGUGUUUCAGACCCUCUGCCGCUUUUCCGAUAGAGGAACACAACUUCUCUUACCUGUCCGCUGAUACCUGGGACUGUACACAGGGGUACAUAAUUAAUUUUUAGUUUCAGAGCAUUCGACCAUUCAGGCCCAGAAAGUACAUUAUUUAUUCAGUUUAAGGUUCUCUUUAAAAUGGUGAACACCAAUGUCCUGUCAACUGCAGUUGGCUCAUUCCUCAAACAAAUUUUCUCGUAGUGACUGCCGUUAUACCCCAUACUCUCGUAUAUUCCGAUCUUCCUGAUCAACUCUCAAUCUCUCGACACAUUGAGAAACUUCAGCCGACUAAUCGAAGGUUGAUUGGAAAUGGGCAUCUGGUACAUUGGUCAGUCACUGAGCAAAGGAUCAAUCUUGAAGAGGAGCCUCCCAUUAGCAGUGGAUUUAUCCCAAUUCUUGGUACCUUCUGGGAGUGUUUAACAUCGCUGUGGAAAUAUUUGCAUAGACUCCAAUAAAGGCCUUUGCACUCCUGCGAAUCAUGAUGUCAAUUAUGUCAGGACGCAGCUCUGUGAGCACUGUUUGGAAAAGGUAAGUAAGGCCCUGGAAUAGAUACUGAUCGACUAUUUUGCUCCGGUUUAAGUAAGUAAGAGGUUACUAACUUAUUAAGAUUUUCAUUUAAUUUGGUCCCGAAUAUUCAUUGAACUGUAGUUCUUCAGAGAAUGUACAUCUCUGGUUAAGUAUAAAUACUUAAUAAUUUCUCCAUUCUUCAAUAUUAGGAUGUACUCUCUAUUCUCAAGGGAGAGUAUCCUUGUUUCCAGCUCUUCUUUAUUCAAAAUUAUGCCCAUCCUUAUCUGAGGAUUUAUAGCCAAACCAAUUUCCAGUUUUAGCAGUUCGUAAUACACAUCUUCCUGAUUCCACCAUAUGCAUAAACUUAAUUACUAUGAAUAUUCUGCUUUGGCAUCAAUUUGGAUGGCUCUUCUGAAUCAACCCAUGACUUUUGCCCUUGGCAUUGCAGAUAUAUUCUUCAUCCUCAGUCACAAUAGGCAACAUUGUUUACGCCGCUCAGUGUUCAGGAAUUAAAGGAGCCAUGUCUAGCCUGAAAGUCUUAACUAAC